UGUUCGAGUUACAUUCUGACAUUACAGAAUUCUGAGAUUGGUCGAUAAUUUCGAUGAAUUACAAAGUAUUGAAUAAUAUUAAUUUAAUUCUAAAUAACCAUUAAUUAAAGUUAACACAUUCAAGCUGGCAUCACGCAGAGUUCUUUGGUUGGGGAUCCGUUACUAUUCUCCGUUGUUACACCGUGCUACACCGAAUAGCUACGGUGGAGGCAGACGCAGUAUAUCCAGUAUGUCCUCCCAAUUCUCUCCCCGAGCCGGGAACUCGCCCCGCGCAUCCCCGGGUCCCAUGGAGCCCGUGGGCCCCGGCGGCCUGCCCGCCGCGUCCGGCGUCAGCAAGCGAUACGACAACAUUGUCAAGUCGCCCGAGGAUAAACGACAUUACAGGGGUUUGGUGCUAUCGAACCGGCUGCGAGUUCUGUUGGUCAGUGAUAUAACUACUGACAAGUCGGCGGCAGCUUUAGACGUCAAUGUUGGUUACCUCAGCGAUCCCGAAGAAUUGCCGGGAUUAGCGCAUUUCUGCGAACACAUGCUGUUUUUGGGGACCCAGAAAUAUCCUGAGGAGAAUGAGUACAACAAGUUUCUGUCUGAACACGGGGGCUCUUCAAAUGCUUCGACCUCUUCGGAUCACACUACAUACUACUUCGAUGUUCUACCAGAACAUUUGCAUAAGGCUUUAGAUAUCUUCGCCCAAUUCUUCAUAUCACCCCUGUUCACGGAAUCAGCGACGGGCAGAGAACUGAGUGCCGUCAACUCCGAACACGAGAAGAACACCUCCUCAGACACGUGGCGGCUGGACCAGCUCAACAAGAGCACUGCCUCCCCCUCACACCCCUUCCACAAGUUUGGUACAGGUAAUAGAGAAACUCUAGAAACGAUACCAAAAUCAAAAGGGAUUGAUGUCAGAAAAGAACUACUGAAAUUCCACUCCAAGUGGUACUCCGCCAAUAUUAUGACUCUCGUCGUUGUGGGAAAAGAACCACUAGACGAUCUAGAAGAGAUGGUGGUGAAACUCUUCACGGAAGUCGAAGACAAGUCAGUCACCGCUCCUUCAUGGCCGGAACACCCGUUUCCACCAGCGCUGCGGCGGAAGAGAGCCUACUGUCUUCCAGUCAAGGAUCUGCGGUCGUUGUCCAUCGACUUCCCUAUACCGGAUACUAGGAAGCAUUAUAAGAGUGGGCCGGGACACUAUCUCUCUCACAUGCUGGGACACGAAGGCCCGGGGAGUUUGCUAUCCGCGUUAAAGGCCAGAGGAUGGUGUAAUAGUUUAGUGGGAGGUACGCGCAUCGGCGCUCGUGGGUUCGGUUUCUUUGGCGUGCAAGUGGAUCUGACGGAAGAGGGAGUCGCCCAUAUCGAUGAUAUCAUUAAACUGGUGUUCCAGUACAUGGAGAUGUUGAAGGUAGCUGGUCCCCAGCGCUGGGUGUGGGAAGAACAGCGAGACCUCAUGGCGCUAGAGUUCAGGUAUAAAGACAAGUUGGAGCCCAGGAAUCUGGUUACAGGACACGUGCAUUUGCUGCAGGAGUUCCCAAUGGAAGAUGUCCUAUGUGCUUACUAUUUGAUGACGGAAUGGAAACCCGAGUUAAUACAAGAACUCCUAUCUUUGCUUACACCAGAAAAUGUACGCGUUGGCAUUGUUGCUAAGUGUUUCGCGGAAAAGUGCACGAUGACCGAGCCUUGGUACGGAACUAAGUAUUUGCAAGAAGACAUUGAAGAUUCUAAAAUACAGGAAUGGAAAUCAGUAAAACCGACCCCCGAGUUGCACCUGCCUCCUCCGAACGAGUUUAUACCGACGAAACUUACUUUAGAGAGUGGCGAGGACAGCACCGCGCACUCUGUGGCACCUACUGUUAUUCUCGAUUCCCCAUUAAUGAGGUUAUGGUUCAAAAAGGACAGCGAAUUCCAUCUUCCCAAAGCUGUUAUGACGUUCGAUUUAGUCAGUCCCCUAGCCUACAUGGACCCUCUAAGCUGCAACUUGACCUCCGUCUGGGUGCUUCUCCUCCGAGACAGCUUGCAACAAUUCGCGUACGCCGCCGAACUGGCCGGCCUUCGGUGGAGCAUCGGCAACGCCAAGUACGGAAUAAGCGUAACUAUAGACGGUUAUGAUGACAAACAGAGCGUUCUACUAGACAAGAUUAUGGAUCAAAUGAUCGGUUUCACGGCUGACCCGAAACGGUUCCACAUCAUGAAGGAGAAUCAUAUACGAGCCAUCAAGAACUUUGAGGCUGAACAGCCUUAUCAGCACGCAGUAUACCAACAAGCUCUGUGCUUAGCUGAUGUCGUGUGGACCAGAUGUCAACUUCUAGAGGCAGCUGAUCGCAUGACCCCAGAAAUGGUGAACGAUUUCGCGGCCCGCAUGAUACGCAAAGUCCACAUAGAAGGGUUCAUGUACGGGAAUCUGUCACGCGAGAGAGCACUGCAUAUCGCUGAAUCUGUUGAGAAGAAAUUACCAAAAGACGCGACGCCCCUAUGCGCCCAACAGUUGUUGUUACACAGAGAUAUUGAAAUCGAAAAAGGAUCCUGGCACGUAAGAGAAACUACGAACAGUGUACACCGUUCGUCCUGUGCUUCUCUAUACUACGCGUGCGGGGUCCGAGAGUGUCGCAGCAACGUCAUCCUGGAACUGUUGGCGCAUACCCUCGCCGAACCCUGCUUCAGCAUGCUGCGGACCAAGGAACAACUUGGCUACAUAGUCUUCAGUGGUCUUCGAAGAUCCAAUGGAGUACAAGGGUUCAGGGUGAUAGUCCAAAGCCACAGACAUCCUGAAUAUUUGGAAGAAAGGAUAGAAAGCUUCCUGCAAGGGUCAUUGGAUUAUCUAAAAAACAUGUCAGAUGUGGAAUUCAUGAAGCACAGAGCGGCUUUGUCGGCGCAGAAACUCGAGAAACCCAAACGUAUGUCUUCGAGAGCUGCACAGAUGUGGAACGAAAUUACUGCGCAGGUGUACAACUUUGACAGGCCGAGGGUAGAAGUGGAAGAGCUGAAUACCAUCACUAAGGAGGAACUUAUUGAGUUUUAUAAGAAACACAUAGCCAUGGACUCUCCGGAGCGACAGAAACUGUCGGUGUACAUCAUAUCGACGGCCGAGGGGGGGGCGGGACAUAGUCCUGAACCGAAAGAGGAAAAGGAGGAAAAGGAGAAGGAGGAGGGAGGGGAUGAAGACGAGUGUGACAGAUGCUAUCCUAAGCCGACAAAAAUAGUCGAUCUAGUGGACUUCAAAUGCAGAAGACCGCUAUAUCCGCACCCAUCGCCUUACAUUAACAUACCUAGAAAAGGAUCGCAGUGUAAACUUUAAAUAUAUAGAAUAUCUGAAUUAUAUCUAGACUUAAAUAAAGGAAAUAUAGUUACCGGCACAGAUAUUGAGCUCUCGGCGGAAGAGUGGGGAUCGCUUUGCGCAUCGUACACUUAUGGCAAUAAACCAAUAAAUCACUUCUGCGUAGGUGAAGGUCACGGCUCAAUAUCCGUGCCGAUGAUUAUACCAUGGAGAACAAAAUGACUAGCGGAGAUGCCAUAACGCAAAAUCUCCUAAGAAAGUAGCGCGAUAACAUGCGGGUGUUCGGGGGACGAGGAAGGUUACUAGCUCCACCCUUACACGCCUUCUUUGGACCCGACCAUUUUUAAAGGGUAAAACGGGACCCUAUUGUUUUCGCUCCUCUGUCCGUCCGUCCGUCCGUCUGUCACCAGACUGUAUCUCAUUAACCGUGAUAGUUAGAGAGCUGAAAUUUUCACAGAUUACGUAUUUCUGUUGCCGCUAUAACAACAAAUACUGAAAAGGCAAAUAAGGAAAAUUAGGGGCUCCCACACAACAAACGUGAUUUUUUUUUUCGUUUUAUAAAUAAUGGUACGGAACCCUCCGACUCGCACUUUGCCAUUUUUUUUUGUAAUACCAAAAAUCUUUGACAGACGCCCAAAAGAACUAGAACGCCUCGUUAAUUGAUUGUUUUGGUCAUGCCCUGUCAUUGAUAUACAAAAACCCAAGAUGCACAGUCUCGAAUAAAAGUAAAGCUCGAAAGUGUCUCCGAACACUAAUUCUGUCUCUUUCUAUAAGAUACAAGCAUGCGUUAUUGCAAGUUCAACUUUACGCGAAUUGCUUAAAGUCGUUAUUACAACGCACUGUAGUUAAAGCAAUAAAAUUUUACGACCGAAGUGGUCGGCUAGGACAAAGAAAAUGAGCGCACAAUUUUGAAUGUUGCGCUCAUUUUUUAUAUGUCGGAGAUAGAUCAAUUACCACUGUGGAUAUCCGAACAAAAAUGUGACAGAUAGGUAUCUCCGACACCUAUCUGUCACAUUUUCACAUUUAUAUAUAUAUAGUCAGAUAGGUGUCUCCGACACCUACACAUUUCACACUCACAUUUCACAUCACAUCACACACAUUUUCACAUUUUUGUGUUGGUGUAUAUAUCAAUGUCUACGAAUUUGACCUAGAAGAAGGCGCUUGACCUACCUGCAUUAUGGUAUCUCCGUUCUCUCAUCUUUCCUUACUCCAUGGCUAGUAAAUAGACUUUUUCUCCUUAGCGGCUUACACCGACUUUAUACUUGUAAGUAGCUUUCUGUAAGUUAUCAUCAUCAUCAGCCGUUAUAUCGUCCCACUGCUGGGCUGCGGCCUCCUCUCACACGGAGAAGGAUUGAGCAUUAAUCACCACGCUUGCUCAAUGCGGGUUGCUGAUUUCAGACUAUAUAGUCCAGGUUUCUUCAAAAUAUUUUUCUUUCACCUUUAAUUAGUCAUUGGUAUCUGAAAUAUACUUGCCUGACCUGGAAUUGAACACACUCUCAUACUUGAGAGGAUGGUUUUAACAUUAAUUUUAUUACAAAAGCUACUUACGUGAGUUUAUCUUACAAGUGCAAGACCGGUUUUAAAUAUCUUUCUAGACAAUUAGUCUUACUACAAAAACUUAAACAUCUGGUGAACACUUGUCAAAAAAAGUGUGGCUGCAAAACUGUCUGUUUUGCAAACCGUUUUGCAGCAAAUGUGAACGAAAAUAGGCUGAUUUCACAGUGGGUUUUCAAAUAAAUAUAUACGAGGUUUAUUUUCACCGACAAUCUAAUAGUCAGUUUUCUUAAAACAAAUGUUUAAUAUGAAUAUAAACGUACAAUAUUCAAAAUGACAAAUGUUUUAAGAAAUACAGACGUUUAUGUUGUCGGCGUACCUGAGCCUAAGAAAUAAGAUUUAUUUGACAGAUUUUAUGAUUAAUGAAAUGUUGCCAUAUGCAAUUAAUACUAAACGCAGUAAUAUUGACAAAAAAAAAAACAUUCUUUCGUAUAUAUGAAUAUUUUUAUUGUAAUCAUAAUAAAUAAAGUUGAGUUUCUAGAAAA